AUGGAGGCUCUUGAAGUUGAUGACAUUAGCCCUGCCUUGGAAGUGACUGAAGACUUUUUCAAUAGUUUUGAUACUAAGCUUGAAAAGAUUGUGCAGCCCUCUGAGGUGUACGGUGUACAGGAGGUCCCCGAACUGGUUGGGCACGAGGUAUUUGAUCAGAUAACAGAGAGCAGGAAUCUGAGGAACGUCGCCUCCUUAGCCAAAAGUAGCUUCAUCUGGGAUCACUGCAAAAAUGGCCUCUUGGAAACCAAAGCUCAGACGGCAUUCCCUGCCAAAGACCAGCGCGUGGUGCAGAGGGGAACAGCUGCUGACAGCCUUGCUUGGGCCGGGGAAGGGGAGACCGCAGCUUUUAACAUCUUCAAUAUCUGCCAGCGGAGGAGAGACAGGCCUCGCUCGGUGAACGACAUCCUGGUGCAGAAUGAGGAAGCCUCCACGUUCAAGCCAGGACACAACAGGUCACGGUCCGAUAUCAGCCAUGUAAACUGGGGAGUGGUCUUCACGGGCACCUCCCUGCAGCAGCCACCUGCGCCUGGUCAGGACAAUAACUGCGCUCUGCUCUCUUACCUGGCGUUAACCAAGGGAGAGGACACCCAAGGAAACACAGAACACAAGCCAACGUUCCCAAAUAUUCUGAAGAAGGGAUACUUAGAAAUUAGAAGAGACAAUGACAGCUACUGGCAAACCUGUUACGCUGAGCUCUCCCCAUACAAACUGUACCUGUAUUGCUUGGACAGCAGUGGCAACCAGACUCUUCCCACCGUGUAUCCGCUCAUGCAUUUUCAAAGGGUCACUGUUACUGGUUGUGUUGAAACCAAGGUGGUGGACGCUGUCCUGUCAGACAACUCGCAGCUACAGCUGAAGGCAGAGUCCUCGUGGGAGGCUUUGGACUGGGGACAGAAACUCUGGGAAGUGGUGCGUGCUUCUGUGCCUGCUUUCACGAGACAGCAGGAGAAACUGGAGAAUGUGCCAAAGCCUGACAAUAACAGUGACCUUUCUCAAACCAAUGGAUUGUUAGAGAAGCCUAUGGAGCUCUUCCUAUCCAUGAAUUUGACUGAAAACACUAAAGAGUACCAAAAUAUUCUCAAAUCAGGGACUCUUUAUAGAUUAACUGUCCAGAAUAACUGGAAGGCAUUUACUUUUGUCUUGAACAGGUCUUAUCUCAUGGCAUUCCAACCGGGUAGGCUUGAUGAAGAUCCUCUGCUGAGCUACAAUGUCGAUGUGUGCCUGUCGGUCCAGACAGAUACUCAGGAUGGCUGUGACUCUUGCUUUCAGGUCAUUUUUCCUCAAGAUGUUCUCCGCCUGCGUGCAGAGACCUGUCAGAGGGCCCAGGAGUGGAUGGAGGCACUGAGAGCAGCAGCCAAUGCUACUAGAAGCUUAACUCAGAAUCCGCAGGUCACGCUUAGGAACAAACCUGGAGAUCGGCUCUUUGGAAACGACCUUAGAAAGAGCAAGCGCCAAUCUGUGACCACCAGCUUCCUGAGCAUCCUGACCACGCUGUCUCUAGAGAGAGGGCUCACAGUUCAGAGCUUCAAGUGUGCAGGCUGUCAGCGCUCCAUAGGCUUGUCCAAUGGGAAAGCCAAGGUGUGCAGCUACAGUGGAUGGUAUUACUGCAGCACCUGCCACGUGGAUGACAGCUUCCUCAUCCCCGCACGGCUGGUUCAUAACUGGGACACUUCCAAAUACAAGGUAUCAAAGCAAGCCAAAGAGUUCCUGGAAUAUGUUUAUGAGGAGCCAUUGAUUGAUAUCCAGCAGGAAAAUCCCAUGUUGUACAAGCAUGUUGAACCUCUGGCAACUGUUGUCCGCCUGAGACAGCAGCUAAAAUCUCUCCGAGCCUAUUUGUUCAGUUGCAGAGCAGCAGUGGCUGAAGAUCUGCGUAGAAGGAUCUUUCCCAGGGAGUAUCUUCUCCAGCAAAUCCAUCUUUAUUCUCUCGCAGACCUUCAACAGGUUAUUGAAGGAAAGCUGGCUCCUUUCUUGGGGAAGGUGAUCAAGUUUGCCACCUCUCAUGUGUACAGCUGCAGCCUUUGUAGUCAAAAGGGUUUCAUCUGUGAGAUUUGCAACAAUGGAGAAAUCCUUUACCCCUUUGAGGACAUUUCUACAAGCAGGUGUGAAAGCUGUGGUGCUGUCUUCCACUCUGAGUGCAAAGUGAAGGCUGUACCAUGCCCCAGGUGUGUGCGUAAAGAAUUGCAGAAGAAGCAGAAAUCCUUCUGGAGGCGACUGAAUAUGGAUGAAAACUUCGAAGAGUCUUGCAACAUGUUUGAGUUGUCAUAUCAGAACACAUGA